AUGUCAACCACUAGCGAAGGCGCCGGCAGCAGUGACUCCAUUGAGGUACACUUGGGUGCCAACGACUCGAAUGCUGAGAUUGCGUGGCUGCGGCGCUGCUUGCCUAUUUUUGUGCAGCCGGACGUGGACAUUAAAAAUCGCAAUGAUCUGGUCAAGAUUUUUUUCCGCUUCGAGCGCGACGACCGGUCUGGGCACUUGAAUUGCAAGCUCUGUAUUGUAUUUGCCGGCGAGUCGAGCUACAACCGCAAACAUGAGAAACGUGAGAACUCUCUGGCCACGUUUUGUUAUCGUACUUAUAAUCGACGGACGUAUAAUCGGACAGCCGACAUUAAUUAUAUGGAGUUCCGAAAUGUCGACUUAAAUCCUGCAGCCGAUGUGCCAUGGGUGUCUAUAUACUCGCAGGACCACGGAGGUAAUCAGCAGUGGGCGCAGGGCGAGAAAAAGAACAUCGGCAACUGGUUCUCGCUCAUGCAUCACUACCAAGUGGAGCUUGAACGCUCAGCUUGGAAACUGCACCCACAAACGCACCGCCCGUACGUAUAUCUUAAUACAUGCAAUCACAUGAUUGGCGAGAAGGACAAUAACCCGACGCUUAGCAAGUUUGAUUGGAUCGACUACCCUUUUCAACAGGGAGAUGACGGUGAUGCCUUUCACUACGUCGUGGAUCACGUGCCAACUAAAUGCAAUCUCUAUUCGUAUUGUUUAUUCUGGCGCGCACGAAAUGGUGGUGGAUGGUGUGAUCGUCACCCUGGAGUCAAGAUGAUUCCACGAGAUGGCAAGUCUAUCUACGUUAAACAUUCAUCUACAGGUCUGUAG